AGAAUUUAGAAUUGGAUUUCUAGCAGGCCGCUACUAACACACCGCUACGAAAUUAUUAAACAACAAAUUGUAAUAUUAAUUUCAGUUGUAAUAGUUUCACUGUAGAAAGAUUAGUAUUGUGUUUAAGAAGCGAAAUUUCCAAUCGUUUGAAUUUAUAUUUUAGUUUAACUCGUAUAACGUAUUGUACCACUUUUAUACUGUUUCCACCCGUGCUGAUUAUAAAAAUAGUUUAAUUCAAAUAUAGGAGUAAUAAGUGAUCAUUAUAAGUUUUAUAUUAUUUAUCCAGAAUAAGAAAAAAUAAACUUAUUCUAAAGUUUAUGCAAAAUGCUUAAACUAAGACUAUUACCUCGAACGACAGGAAUAAUAAAACGAGCAAUGUCUACGCAGGAACAAGACGUUUUAUUUGAGAAUCUCAAUAAUGCAGGCAUUAUUACUCUAAAUCGUCCUAAGGCUCUGAACUCGCUUAAUACUUCUAUGGUAACAAAACUUUUACAGCAGCUAAGGGAUUGGGAAAAUAACAAAAGCCUGGUGAUUGUGAAAGGUGCAGGUGAAAAGGCUUUUUGUGCUGGAGGAGACGUAAAAUCGGCAAUAGAUAGAGUAGAGGGGCCGAGAUUCUUUCAUACUGAAUAUAAUGUAAAUUAUUUAAUUGGAAAAUAUAAGAUCCCGUACAUAGCAUUUAUAAAUGGGGUAACAAUGGGAGGUGGUGUAGGAGUAUCAGUGCAUGGAAGAUACAGAGUAGCUACAGAGAAGACUGUUGUGGCAAUGCCUGAAACAAAGAUUGGCUUAUUCCCAGAUGUAGGGGCAUCUUAUUUUCUACCAAGGCUACAGGUUAACUUAGGAAUGUAUUUGGGUCUCACAGGGGAUAGAUUAAAAGGCAAAGAUGUUGUUAAGGCUGGUAUUGCUACACAUUUUGUCUCUAGCAAGCGUUUGUAUGAGCUAGAGAAGCUGUUAUCUCGGUGUACCAAUGACAACGAAGUCCUUUCAUUACUGAACAAAUUUCAUGAACCAUCAGAAGAGUUUUCUUUAGCUGACAACAUAAAGCAUAUCAAUUACUGCUUUGCGGCAUCUACUCUUGAGGAAAUUAUUGAACGUCUUGAAAAAGUACAAAAUGACUGGUCCCUUAAGACAAUUCAGACGCUUCGUCAGAUGUGUCCAGGAUCCCUGAAAAUAACGCUUCGGGCCCUGCAGCGUGGAGCCCAACUGGAGUUGCCACAGUGUCUAAAAAUGGAGUACCGCCUGGCCUGUCGAGCUACCGAGAACCAUGAUUUCCCUGAAGGUGUGCGCGCUCUGCUAAUAGACAAGGACAACAAACCCAAGUGGCAGCAUUCGUCCCUCUCUGACGUCGAUGAUGAUUACGUCGAAGAUUACUUUAAGAAACUCCCGCAAGACAAAGAACUGCAAUUCUUCGACGCCAAACUGUAAUCUGUAAUUGUAUGUCUAUAGCUGCGAUAUAAUCUUAUUUUUUUGUAAUAUUUUUUGUAACUAAAGAAGUGCCUUGAUGUACUUACAUGAAUAUGUUAAUACUUCCGAAUUGUAUUUAUAUUUUUUUAAGAGAACGCCCUAGUUAGUGUCAAUCGUAAAAAAUCAAUAUUCUUAGCUGUUAGAAUUUGUUAUCGUUACAUAUAUAUUUUUUAUAAACAUAUUGGCUGUGUUUUGGUAAAGUUUCUAGUAUGUGUAUGAUACGAAAUGAACUGCAUUUAUAUUGUAUAGUGGUGUUACGAGUGUGUGGCCAUCGAAGACUGCCAUGUUUAUUAAAUGUUUCUAUCGAAAA